CUGCUGACCUUUGAUGUCAACAGUUUUACUGAAGCCAGCAAUGUCUAUGAUCCAAAGAUAGUGUUCAAUGUGGAUAGACCUCGACUUCCGCAGUCUGCUCUCUCACUGACAGUCGACUGUAGCCAGAAACGAAUGCGCCACAAAGAACCCCCAGUGGUCAAGCUAUCCUUGGACUUUGGCAAGCUGACCUCCGAAGUGGACAUCACCAUCAUUGACCGUUUGACCAACUUGAUCAACCCUGAUCUUAGCGGUGGCAGCGGAACCAGUGUUGGGACACAGUUGGUUGAUGAUGCUUAUGGACACGUUGAUGAGGCUAUGAAAGAUGAGCAGUCGGGAACCAAGAUCCACCCAUCUGUACAAGUUAAAGCCACACAUGCCACCCUUAGAGUCAGAUUCCCCAUUCCAGACCUGCGGGAGGAUCCGCCGGCCCAGGCCCGGGAGUGGUGGCGCCGCCACCUUCACAAGGAGAUUCUGGUACUAGAGAUGGAAGCACCCGAGGCCAUGACCAAUAUUAGACCAGACGAGCCCUUACAGCUGGCCCUCCAGGUGUUCAAGAUUAGUGCCUAUUUACAGGAAGACAUCAACACAAACCCUGUUCUUUUUGGGGAGGUCAAAGUUGAGGAUCCAAAGGCAACGCCUUAUGAUGGACACCACUUUAAUUGGCCUCGGUUUGUUGUUUGCUGGAGCAAUAAAUCCAACUCUGUCCUUGAAGCUGGCGAAGCUGGGGAGUCGGACAAUUCAGCUCACAGCAUUGACAGCUACUUGGACUCUAGCCUGCUGAAGAAGGAGUCAGGACCCUUCAGCCAGAAGAAGAGCAUGUACGCCAGGGAUGAUUUGUCCUUCAGUGAGCAGCAGACGGCACCAGUCAAUGAUGAGAUGGUUAUGCCAGGGAAUGCCCGUGAGCUGAAACAUUUCCGUGAGGAGUGUAUGGGUCGAACCUCCAUGUCCAUCGAAGUGACGGCUCCUUGUGUUCUGGCCUACAUGCACAGUCGAGAGUUCCUGGAAUUGCUCUAUAACAGGUUCAACAAUGACCUUCUGAUGUGGGAACCAAGACCGCCAAGGUCCCGUUCUUAUCUCAGCAGUCUCAUUCCCUCCAGCACGGACCUCAACGUCAUGCAUAUGUUCCGACAUCGCUAUGGUGACUUCCCAUCUACUGUGGAAACUGAGGCCUCUGAUUCUGAUGAUGAUGAAUCUAUGCUGUAUUCUGUCCAUGAGCAACAUGGCAGCCCAGCAGACGGCAAGCAGACAUCCCCAAAACUUCUCAACAAGAUGUGCUUCAGUUUGAGCAUUGGCAGAGGAAAGCUCUUGGCCGUGAUUCCUCAUGUGGAGCAGUCACCAAAAGCAGACCUGCAUGCGGAACUGUUGAUCACCCUGAAGGAUGGCCUGCUGUUUUCUGUGAACCAGCAUGGUGGUGACCCUGACCUUAAAUAUCUCUGUUUGCAGGUCAACAACGUACAAAUGUAUCAUAAUGGCUGUGUGAUGCUACCGGUUCCGGUGGGUACUUUAGACCACAUCAGAGACAAGAUCCCCCAGCAUCUGAAUCCCAGGAUCUGCCGCUCGGACCGCUGGGUGUCAGACAAAGUCCAGGGUUUGGCUGGUUAUGGAAUCGACAGCCCUGACAUGCUAACACUUGUGGUCAAGACUAAGCUGGACACACUUAAUAACUUGAAGAAUUUUACUGUGGCUGUAAGAGUUGAUGGAGCCACAUUACGUCAUGAGAUGCAUCGUACAGGGGAAAGCUGGGUUAGCCAGGCUAUUGAUCUCUUGGACUUGAAGGACUUCCCCAUCCAGGGAUAUACCCUGCCAAAGAUCAUGACAGAGCUGCACCUUCAGAUUGAUCAUUGCGGAGUGGAUUACAGACCUUUGCACUUACCAGUGUGGAGUUUCCUAACAGUUGAACAUUUCAGCGUCUGCACAAACAUCAUUGCAGAGUCUCUGUUCUCUCAGAUACGGCUUCAGUUGGAUGAUACAGCCUUGUUCCUGUCCAACAAGUGUGACCGAGACAAGGAGAGAGAACAGCGGCUGUGUCAAGACAGACACAAGGAGGUCAAUUUAUUUAAAGACUAUGUUUGUGUUGCUGAAAUGGAUCAGUUCAAAAUCUGGCUGCAAUUUUGUUAUGACAAGUCAACAAAACAGAGAUGCCCAAAAUCUGAUCUGAGGUUUAAAGUAAACGAGUUAAACCUGCGCACAUGUGCUGAUUCAACCCGUGCCCUGCAGGACCUGAUUCAGUAUAUCUGUGGUGAUGGAGAUUUGCUGGACGAUGUAGAAGCAGAUGACAUCACCCCGACAAUGUCAGACAGUGAUCGCCAGUUUUUCCCAAGUGAAGAUGUUGAGGGAAGACAAGAACCAUCUCCUGUAUUGCAUGUACCAACCAUCACCCCAGAGCAAGAGGCUUCAGUUGUUUCUGCUUUGGAGGAUGCCAUGACGGAGUGUCCUGAGCCUGCAACCCCCCAAAAGACCAAGAAGAAAAAGAAAGACGGCAAGAUGACUAAUGUCUACUUCCAGUGCAACAAGGAGAACAUUAACUUUGAGACUCAACAUAGACACCAGGCUCCACUGCAGAUCACAGUCUUUGACGGGUCUGACUCCAGCACCCCGGACGAGGAAGGGCAGGACAACAAGGACACCGAGGAGUUUGAGUUCAUUGACUGUCACUUUAAGGAAAUCACAAAUAUACAAGGAAGUCAUGAGGUGCACAUGUUGACCAAUGGCCCCAUAGAGGUGGAGGAGAACUUCAUCCCCAAACCCACAAGUAGCUACGACCACCUGAAGGCACCUGAUAAGUUUCCUGACCCCGAGCAUCAGUACACCCUGAGGGAGAUGUCUGUCGUGUGGCACAUCUAUGGCGGUAGCGACUUCUCACACCCACGCAGGGGCUCCAGUGGACGCCCAGGCUUUUCUAAAGGACUCCCAAGUCCUCGGGAGCAGAGAAAACUGUCGGAGACUGGUGGCAGACACGGCUGGCGACGGAAGGGUGGCGACUGUAGGGACCAUGAUGUGAAACUGGAGCUGGAUCUGAAUAAAAUUCGAUUCCGGUAUGAUGUGUAUACAGCAACUGCAAAGCAGUCCUCCAGGUUCAAACUGCUGGUCAAUAACAUCGAGCUGCGUGACAAGGUCAAAGCUUCAGACAUCAACAAGUUCCUGGUGAGGCUUGUCGACAAGGAGAACCCGGAGCAGACGUCUGCUUACAUGCUGAUGUUCAGUGGGGUGUUUAUUAGACCCGAACACCUGCCUUUCAGAGAGGACUGUGAGGUGAAGGCCUUCUGCUUGCCCAUUCAGCUGAACGUUGACCAGAACACCCUCAACUUCCUGCGCAAGUUUGUGACUCAGGUCACUGAACCCGACCGUGACCUGACAUCUGGUAGUGGGUCCGCUGGUGGCAGGUCGUCACCUCAGGGAGGGCGAGCAUCGCCGCUGGGAGGAAGGGGCAGUCCACGUCAUUCGCUGUCAAAUACAGAACCAAUCAUGAGGAUCGGAGAGCCCUUGACUAAAGAGAGCAGCAUGGAUGAGACGGAGCUGCUCAUGAAGUUUGAGGACUUCAGCAAUCAGCAGAGCCAGUAUUUGCAGGCUCGGCUCAAUGAGAAGGAUAACCCAGAGUUGCCACAGGAGAAUUUGCCUGUGUUUAUCAAGUCUUUCGUACUGAUCUCUGAUGUGACAAUCAAGUUAGCCUACCAGGGAAAAGGAUGUGAUAUGGACAGUGGACCAGUAGGACUAAUGCUUGGCCUCAUCUCACUCAAUGGGUCGGUCAUUACACUGAGGAAGCUGCAUCUUCAGAAAGGACUGUUGGGGUGGAACAAGCUGCUGAUGUAUAUAGCCAACGAGUGGUUGAAGGACAUCCGGCUCAAUCAGAUACACUCCAUUCUCAAGGGCUUCGGAAGCUUCUCCAUACUCUGCCAGAUUGUUCAGGGACUCACAGAUCUGGUUCGCCUGCCCAUUGAGCAGUACCAGAAGGACCGGCGGAUCAUCCGAGGCUUGCAGCGAGGGGCCAAUUCUUUCACUCUUAAUACCAUCAUGGCGAUCCUGGAGCUGACCAACAAAGUUGUGGGUUCUAUACAGUACUGUGCUGAGCUAGGAUAUGACAUGCUGUCACCGGGUCCAAGUGUCAAACGACGCAAACAACUACGCCAUCGCACUCGACAACCAAGGACAACAGCUGAGGGUGCCAAGGCAGCUCUACAGCUGGUCACGGAGGGGGUGAAAGAGUCAGCCUCCCACUUGUCUGCCGUGGUCAGUGAGGAGAGUGCCCACAAAGGCUACGUGGGAAUUGUGGGGGGCUCACUGAGGAACGCCACACCAGAAUUGUUUUUGAAACCCUUAGCCUUGCUGGCGGAGGCCGGAACCAACAUUGUGCAGGGAGCAAGGAAUGAGGUUGAUCCCAGUGUUAUGAAAGAGGAGGAGGAUAGGUGGAAGCAAGCUUGA